AUGAGAGUAACAAUACGUAAAGCUUUCACCAUUCUUAUAAUCCCAGCUUUAAUAUAUGGAACUUUAAUUAGUAUUUCAUACAUAAAAAUAGAAGAAGAACAACAACAAGAUAUAUUAAUUCCUCAAGAUGUUCAUAUUUCAAUAUGCAAAGAAAUAAAUAAUCCUCCUUUUCCUACUUUUCCGAUGGUUGAAAAAUGGAUCAGCAAAGGACUUUAUGUCGGAUCAUUUAACAACACAAAAUUUGAUAUUGUAUAUACUUGGGUAAACGGUAGUGAUCAAAAACAUAGAGAAAUGCGAAAAAAAUAUAGUAAAAUUCGUGACAAAGAAAGUUGGUAUCGAGAUUUUGGUGAAUUACGAUAUUCAAUGAGAUCAAUUGAAAAAUAUUUCAAAAGAUUUAUUAACAAAAUUUGGAUAAUUACUACCGAUUAUGAAAAUAACGACGACGAAAUGCAAAUCCCAAGUUGGUUAAAUACUUCUGAUCCAAGAGUUGAAUUAAUUAAACACAGUGAAAUAUUUAACGAUGUUAAUGUGUUACCAACGUUCAAUUCACUGGCCAUUGAAAGUCAGAUGAUGAAUAGUCCUAAAUUAAAAGAUAAGUUUAUGGGAAAUUAUUUAACUCAAAGUGAUUUUUGGACUCCAUUGUACGGUUUUAAAUUUAAUAUCCAACAUGAUUUAACUGUUCCUUUCCAACCCGGUAAAUAUCAUGGUGAAUGGUUUGCCUUGUGUCAUACAAACAUGUUACUAAGUAAAAGAUUUGGAUAUCGAAAAAGGGCUUAUGUAGCUCAUUCAUCACAUAUUUUAUCAAAAACAAUCCUUAAAGAAAUUUCUGAAGAAUGGGCUAAAGAAUUUCAUAUCACUUCGUCACAUCGAUUUCGCUAUAUAAAUCCUAAUGUCCAUACGACAUUUAUGUUCACCCAUUAUGUUAUGGAAAAACAUCGUGAAACUCUUUUGAAAAGUUUUCUAAUACUUAAAAAUGAUGUUAAUCAUAAUUUUAAAUGGGAAAUAUCAGAACGUCGAAAAAUUUUAAGAUCUCUAGGUUCAGGCGUAUCAAUUGGAAAUGAUCGAAAGACUUUAAAUAAUUAUGAUAAAAUAAUUGAAUCCGCUGGAAUUGAAAUAUCUUCCGAGUUAAAAUAUUAUUGGUCAAGUAUGGAUGGAUAUCCAUAUGCAAUAGGUUUAUCCACUAAUUCCACUAAUUCCUCCGCUAAUAAUGUCCACCAAACUUUAAAUCAUAAUGAUCAUCCUCCAUCAAAAAGAAAAUGCAAAAUUGACUUUGUACAUUGUUUUGGUAAAGAUUUUAUGGAUGGAAGAAUACAUAGCGUAGAUAUCAACAAUAUUUUUAAUAGAAUAACUUACGAGAAAUUAGAAUGUGGUGAUUGCAUAAUUCAACAUAUUGUGAAAUCAUCUGGAGAUUUGGGUUUAGAGGGUUUCUUGCCACCUCCUAUUAAAAAAUCUUUUCAACCAAAUACUUAUGAUACUCUGAAAAGUUGCGGGAAAUCUCAACUUGAUUAUCGCUCAUUUGCGAUCUCUCAAUUAUAUAAAUAUUCUUACGUAAUAGGGGGAAAUUCUUUUGAAUUUAUAAUAUUCACAAAUUUUAGAACAGGAACGAAGAUUUUAAAAAAAUUGGAAUCGACUAAUCCCAAGCCCUCAAUAUUUUGUUUAAAUGAUAACGAUAGAAUAAGUUCCGGUUCCGAAAUAAAAAUUAAAAAUCUGGUCAAAGAAUUUAUGGAGAAUAAUUAUAAAGUUCCGAAUGAAUAUGAGAUAAUAUGA